AUGUAUGAGCACUUCUGUGUACCACAGUUCAUCCUGGACCAUUGCAGGGAGAAGUCCGAGUACUGCAACAUAGCGGUGACUCAACCGAGAAAGAUCGCUACCAUCAACGUAGCGAAAAGGGUAUGCGAAGAGAGAGGCUGGACCUUGGGAACCGUUUGCGGGUACCAAGUAGGGCUGGAGAAAAAGAUCUCACCCGACAUGAUCCUCACCUACAUGACCACUGGCGUGUUGCUUCAGAAGCUGAUCCACGCGCAGUCCCUGCACCACUACACGCAUAUCAUCAUCGACGAAGUCCACGAGAGGAACCAGGACUUGGAUUUUCUGAUGCUGAUCGUGAGGCGGUUCCUGUUCACCAACUCUCCCCGCACGAGAGUGAUACUUAUGUCGGCCACAAUCGAAGCAGAAGAGUUUGCUUACUAUUUUCGAUGCCAGAAUCUCAACACUUCCCUGCCCGCGCCCAUCAUCUAUGUCAACAAGCAAAACCUCUUCGUGAAGACCACUUUUUAUUUGGAAAACCUCUCGAACGCUAUUUCUGCGAUAAGAUCUGAGGAACCGAAUUUCGACAUAGACAGGCCGGAAAUCAGCCAGAGCAUCUGGAAAGUGUUCACUUUCCUCGUCGGAAUUCUGGACAAACUCGACGCUACGGAUCCCAACACCAACAAAAAAAUUAUCGGUAGCGUCUUGGUGUUCUUGCCUGGUAUCUUUGAAAUUGAAGAAGCCGAUAGGCUUCUAAAGCAACAGCACUUCGAAGAGGACUCGCAGAGAAUGAAAUGGGACAUAAUACCCCUGCACUCUUCUCUGCCUAACGACGAGCAAGCAAAGGUGUUCAGGCCUGCGAAGCCGGGACAUAGGAAGGUCAUUCUGUCGACGAACAUCGCCGAAAGCUCCAUAACAGUACCAGAUUCUUACUACGUCAUCGAUUUCUGCCUGACUAAAGUGAUGACCGUCGACCCCAUCACGAAGUACAUGAGCUUGAAGCUGGAGUGGGCGUCUCACGUGAACUGCGACCAGAGAUCCGGGCGAGUGGGUAGAAUCGGAAACGGGCGUGUUUACCGGCUCGUACCCAGGAAAUUCUACUCGAAUAAGAUGUCCGAGAAAAGCCUCCCCGAAAUCCUCAGGGCCCCAUUGGAGCGAAUCGUGUUGCAAGCGAAGUUACUCAAUCUGAACAACACUCCCCAGCAAAUCUUAGCUCUGGCUCUGAACCCGCCGAACUUGAGGAAUAUCGAGUUAACCGUGUUGAGUUUGAAAGAGAGCGGAGGCCUGCUGCAGACUUGCAAGGGGAAGUAUUCCGCGACAGAUGGAGACAUCACUUUUUUGGGUAGGGUCAUGGCUUUGCUGCCCGUUGACGUACGUUUGUCGAAAUUGAUUGUUUUGGGGCACUUGUUCAGUUGUCUCGAAGAAACCAUCAUCAUGGCUGCAGGUUGUUCCAUCCAGAAUAUAUUCUCUAUACCGUUCCAGCAGAGGUUCAACGCUUACAAGAAGCUGCUCGUGUGGGCUGACGGUUCUUUCAGCGAUUUGAUUGCCUUGCUGAAUUUGUUCCAGGUAUGGCAGUCGUGCAAGCGUGAAAACCAAUUCGACAACUUCCAAUCGGAGCACCGCUGGUGCAGCAUGAACCUAGUGAGCUACCGAGGCCUGCGGGAGUGGAGCCUCCUCGUCAACGAGAUCAGCCAACGUCUCGGGCAACUGAAUAUCGCUGCGAUGCCGAACCAGGUGCAGCUGGGGCCCGACGAGAGGGCGCUCGUGCUCAAGAUACUCGCGGCGGGGGCGUUCUAUCCGAACUUCUUCAUCAAAACGCCGGAAUCGAUGCAGAUGGAAGAACGCGAGGCCGUCAAGAUGGUCGGCGGGAGAAAUCCGUUCCGGUCGGUUUACUUCACCGGUAUGGAUCAGACACAGCCGGGGCCCCUGUAUGUUAGGUAUGGUGAUAGUGAUUUUUUANGGGACCGCGUUAAGGUCGGCAACCUGUACGCGACGAGGUACUCGGAAGAUAACAUGUUCUACCGCUGCCAGGUGAUCUCUCUGUCGCAGGACAUGGCACAGGUGCUCUUCAUCGACUACGGCAACAUCCAGCAGGUGCCGCUGAAGGCGCUGUACUCCCUGCCGAACAUUCCCGGGAGGAAGGAGUGCGACAUGGCGCCCCUAGGAGUAGAGUGCUUGCUACACGGAGUACAACCAUCGAGGAAGGUUAAUCCAAAAGGAGUCUGGUCAGAGAAAAUAAACAACCACUGGAAGAACCAAACGAUGAAUGUGCUCCUCUACGCCAAAGUCCACUCAGUUGUUGACAAUGUCCUCAACGUGGAAGUGUUUAAGAACCAGCCACAAACCCGCCAAGUGAAGUCAAUAAACCAGCAGAUGCUCGAGCUAGGCCACGCCGAUCCUUCUAUCGAAAGCUUCCUCUCCCGAGCGGACCACGAGAAGAGAAUGGCCGUACUCAAGUCUGAAAACCCCAAUAUCGAAGCGGCUCGCCUAAGCGUUGACAGGAUCGUCGACUACCGCGACUUCGACGGGCCCCGCGCCAGAGGCGCCAACUGCAAGACCAUCGUACUGAAGGGUCCGUUCAGCCCACUCGAGAUGAGCCUCUACGGAUGCGUGGAGAGCGCCAAAGACAAGCACGUCGUCGUCGAAGGGUCUUCGGUGAACUCGGUGCUGCUCGACAGCGAGCCUCAAGACGACCACACAAGGCUGCUUGUUGCGGCGUACGUCAGCCAGAGCGGGGAGAGCUCAAAAAUCAAUCUGAGGCAGACGACGCUCAUGCCGAACGUUCCGGGGUUACCGACGCUGCUCGCGCUCCUCUUCUGUCCGACGAUGAAAGUCAAGGUGACGAACGAUUGCACAAGGGUCGCUUCGGUGCUCUGCGGUCUCGGCUGUAAUCAGUUCACGAACAAAUCGUUCUACCCGUCCCACGACCUGACUCUGGUGUGCGACACAGACCUGAAGGAGGAAGAGAUCAACAAGAUCAACACGGUGCGCUUCCACAUGAACCAGGGCAUCACGCUCAUGGAAGACAUAUGCAACGGAGCAUCUGCCCAAGCGGAAAUGAUCCGCAAGCAGAAGGCACUCAAGAAGCAUUUGAUUGAGUAUCAGGUGGUUUCGUGUAAUGGUAUUACAUCAAAUUUUGAACCUAUUGAUCACGGUGUUCCACAAGCGAUCAAUCAUCAUCUAACAUUCCACAAGCAAUGGNGCGAUCGGAAACCAGUCCGUAGAACGAACCCCAAGAACGCGAACGUUUGGGAAACAACCAACCACGACGCCAUCGAGCUGAAACCGGACCGAACGGACUCCGACGAGGGCAUCUGGCCUCUGCUGUGGUUUGUCAGGCUGAAGAAUUUCGGAGACUACAAUCCGAACAUUGGGAAGAAUCUCGAGGACCUUGACCUCAUGGCGCAGACCAUGAUACCCUCCUCGGAAACGGAGUGUCUGCUGUGCGAAGCAGUCCUUUUCGACGUACACGAUGUAAGGUCCCACCUGAUUUCGCCGGACCACAAGCGAUCCGUCGCAGAAUACUACAAGAAGCUGCAGGACGUUAAUUUGUCCGAAGAGGAAGAUUAGAUUUGACAGAAUUUUUUACGUUGUUUAGUUUGUAAGCUAUAGUGACGUUAUCAAUGUUUUUGUUGAUAUUUUUAUG